CGGCCGCAAAGGAUAUUCAUUCCCCCCGUUUACAGCAGCCGCAAGUGAGGUCAAACCACAAUAACAUCGUGACCCUGCUGUGAUUACUGGGCCGUUCCUCUGCCUGGGCCAAUGCUAGAUCUGGAAGUGGUUCCCGAGCGAUCUCUUGGGAAUGAGCAAUGGGAAUUCACCUUGGGUAAACCUGUUGCCACGGUGAUCUCUUUGGCACGGAUGCAUUGCCGCAUCAUCAAAAAUGUCCAGGUUCUCUACAGUGAGCAGUCUCCUCUUAGCCAUGACCUCAUCCUUAACCUGACUCAGGACGGAAUCAAACUGCUGUUUGAUGCUUUCAAUCAAAGACUUAAGGUGAUUGAAGUUUAUGACUUGACUAAAGUGAAGUUAAAAUAUUGUGGUGUACAUUUCAACUCUCAGGCUAUUGCUCCAACCAUAGAACAAAUUGAUCAGUCGUUUGGGGCAACACAUCCAGGAGUGUACAACUCAGCGGAGCAACUUUUCCACCUCAACUUCAGAGGACUGUCUUUUUCCUUUCAAUUGGACUCAUGGACUGAAACUCCCAAGUAUGAGCCAAACUUUGCCCAUGGCCUAGCUUCUUUGCAAAUUCCACAUGGUGCAACUGUGAAACGCAUGUACAUCUAUAGUGGAAACAGUCUGCAGGAUACCAAGGCUCCCAUGAUGCCCCUCAGCUGUUUCCUUGGAAACGUCUAUGCAGAGAAUGUUGACGUUCUGAGAGAUGGCACUGGACCCUCAGGUUUACGGCUUCGCUUACUCACUGCAGGUUGCGGCCCUGGUGUAUUAGCUGAUGCCAAGAUGCGGGUAUUUGAGCGCUGUGUGUAUUUUGGUGAUUCGUGCCAAGAUGUUCUGAGCACUUUGGGGUCUCCUCACAAAGUCUUCUACAAGUCAGAAGAUAAGAUGAAAAUUCAUUCGCCAUCCCCUCACAAGCAGGUUCCUUCCAAAUGCAAUGACUACUUCUUCAACUACUUCACACUGGGAGUGGAUAUCCUUUUUGAUGCAAAUACCCACAAAGUGAAGAAAUUUGUCCUACACACUAAUUACCCUGGUCACUACAACUUCAAUAUCUACCACCGUUGUGAAUUCAAGAUUCCACUAGCUAUUAAACGAGAUAGUACCGAUUCACAGACAGAAACUUGCACAACGUAUAGCAAGUGGGAUAACAUUCAGGAUCUUCUUGGACACCCAGUGGAGAAGCCAGUGGUACUUCACAGGUCAUCCUCUCCAAACAACACAAACCCAUUUGGAUCAACAUUUUGUUUUGGACUGCAGCGGAUGAUAUUUGAGGUGAUGCAGAAUAACCACAUAGCAUCUGUUACUCUGUACGGCCCAGCAAGACCCAGCAGCCAGCUGAAAACGUCCGAUCUCCCCCAGUGAGCGAUAAUGGCUAAUCAACUUGCUGCAAGAUUAGUACAGCGUGCCUUGAUCUGCUGCCACUAAUAAUAUAUAUUUAAAAAGCACGGUAUGAUGGAUAUUAUUUUUUUGAGUUUAAAACUGCCUCUCGCCACUCAUGCUUGGGGCAGGAUGAAGAAUCCUCUCGACCGUUCAUCAGAGGACAUGGAACUUGUGUCGGAGGUGAGCCAUCGGGCCCCCCGUUGCCGUCGGUCUUUCUUCCUUUUGGUUAUCCUCGUCCUUUUACAGCAUAGAUGCAAACAGACUGGUCUGUCUUUUCCUGAGCUGGAAGAAGGAAGAGUUUAAAGAGAGUGCACACAAAUGACUGCACGACUUAGAAGCACAAACUUUCUGAGCCUUGGCGCAUCUGCAAGCAGGUAUUGGAUAUAUAUAAAUACAAAUAUAUAUAUAUAUUAGUCUGUGUUUUUGUGUUAACUGUACCAAUGUGGUGGAAAUGCUUUUAAAAGACAACAAAGGGCGUGUGUGUGUGUGUGUGUGUGUAUAUAUACAUAUAUAUAUAUAUAUAUACACAUACAUACACACAGACACACACAGGCAGAAAUAUAUCUAUGUCUGUGGUUUAUGACAUCAUACCAAAUGUGACAAGUAUGUACAUACGUGUCCCAUGAUUUCAGGCACCACAUUUUUUAUAUACUGUUGAAAACAAAGCACGGAAGCAGCAUGUGCAUAAAAACUUGGUUGUAACUAUUUUUAUUUUUUGCACUACAUACACUUUAAAUUACUUGAUAAGACGUUUUAAUCUUCAUUGAGGAGCCUCUGUGUACCGGGUAUGAGUGGGAGAGGGGUGCAACAGUUUAUUUAAUUGUUUGCCACACACAACGCUUAUUUAUACCGUGGGGCAGAAUUCCCCACCUCUUCUGCACUAAUAUUUACUUGACAUGCUGAAGCAACCUCUUUAUUUUCCUGGUUAACUGUUAAUGUGGGUUGUUUUUUUUUUUUUUAUGUGUACAAUUUC